AUGCCGUUAACAACUGUUGACUCUCCUGUUAAUGUCCUCGACAACCGAACUUACUUCCAACGCAGGGUGGUUGAGGACACAGCACGUGUGGGGUACUAUAGGGCAAUCUUUACAUUCGAGGAUGGCGUGGCCAGCACAGUGAAAUCUCGUGUCGGUGUUUCCUUCACCUCGGUCGAGCAAGCAUGCAACUAUAGAGACAGUGAAAUCCCGACCUGGUCACUUAACGACGUUGUGGACGCCGCGGUCAAGGAAUGGAAUGAGGACGUGUUCAGUAGGAUCCAGGUCGACACAGAUCAAGAGACCUCGAACAUCACCAACGUUCGACUACUGUACUCAUCCCUUUAUUUUAUGCAUCUCAUGCCCAGCGAUAGCACAGGCGAUAAUCCACUGUGGCAGUCCGAGGAGCCGUACUGGGAUGACUUCUACACAAUGUGGGAUAUCUUUCGCUGCACGGUCAGCCUUUAUCACUUGAUCCAGCCCGCAAGAUACACCAGCAUGAUUCGGGCCUUGAUUGACAUCUGGCGGUUUGAGGGAUUCUUGCCCGAUGGCAGGAGCGGGAACUAUAACGGCCUGACGCAAGGUGGGAGCAACGCCGACAACGUGCUUGCGGAUGCAUACGUCAAGGGUUUGGGAAGAAAUACCGAUGAUCCAUCGAUGACAAUCAACUGGACAGCAGGGUAUCUAGCAAUGGUCAAGGACGCCGAGGUACAGCCAUACAAUACGUUCAGCCCCUUGGAUCAGACUGGCAGUGUCAAAGAAGGCCGUGGAUCACUUUACGACUGGAUCCCACUAGGCUACGUCUCUAACAACAGCACGAGAUCCGUGUCGAAGACGGUUGAGUAUGCGUUGAAUGAUUACGCACUAAGCGUGGUGGCUGCCGGCGAAGGCACGCAAUCUGAAGUCGACAAGUAUCUGAAACGCUCUGCGGGGUGGCAGAAUCUCUGGAACCAUGACAUUGUCCACGCAGGUUUCACAGGCUUCUUGGCCCCUAAGGAUGAUCAAGGGAAGUGGGUUUCUCCAGAGACAUACAACCCAGCCGUGUGCGGUGGAUGCGAAUGGGACUCUAUCAGCUACGAGGCUACUCCUUUUGAGUACAGUUUUGUAGUCCCGCACGACGUCCAGACACUCAUCGAGUCAAUGGGAGGGGCGUCAGAAUUCGAGCGCAGGCUUGACUACAUUUUCAUGCCGAAUACCUCCGAACAAGACCUGCAAGAAAAUGGUGCUGGGAUUACCACUAUCAUGAACAUCGGCAACGAGCCUGAUUUUGCAACUCCAUAUCUCUACAACUAUUUGAAUAAGCAGCACAAAUCAGUCAACGAAUCCCGAGCCCUGGCAAAUCAGUUCUUCCAUGACGAGCUGUACGGUGUGCCUGGGAACUCAGAUGCAGGCGCGCUCAACUCGUGGCUCAUCUGGCAGAUGCUUGGACUGUAUCCUAUUGUCACCCAGCCUGUUUAUCUGUUGGAGUCUCCUUGGUUCACUGAUAUCAACAUGACGAUCAACGCCAAUAAGACGCUCCGGAUCACAAGUAAUGGUGACAACAUAUCUCUGGGGCAGAGCGGGUACUUCGUUGAGUCCGUGGCGAUCAACGGGGAGGUCUGGGAUCGCAAUUGGUUCAACCACGAGGACAUCAUGAUCGAAGGCGGCACAAUUGAGUUCACCGUCGGGAACGCCGGGCAGGUUUGGGAGACUGGGGGUGUGCCUCCGAGCCCGGGACGCACAAGUGCUGAUAGGGCUUGA